CUGCCAGAAGCGGUCUUCCGGUCUGGGGCGGGCCCUCGCCAGGGCGGGAAAGCGGCGUCCGUAGCGACGCUUCGGGGGAGGCUCCGAGUUUCCCGCGGGCCUCCGAGGCCGCCAUGGACGCAGCCGAGGUGGAGUUUCUGGCCGAGAAAGAGCUGGUUACCAUUAUCCCUAAUUUCAGUUUGGACAAGAUCUACCUCAUAGGGGGCGACCUGGGACCGUUUAACCCCGGCCUUCCCGUGGACGUGCCGCUGUGGCUGGCCGUGAACCUGAAGCAGAGGCAGAAGUGCCGCGUGCUGCCCCCGGCCUGGAUGGACGUGGAAAGUUUGGAGAAGCUGAGGGAUCACGAACGAAAUGAGGAAACAUUUACUCCUGUGCCCAGCCCUUACUACAUGGAGCUCACCAAACUCCUGUUGAAUCACGCUUCGGACAACAUCCCCAAAGCAGAUGCGAUCCGGACCCUCAUCAAGGAUCUGUGGGACACACGCAUGGCCAAGCUCCGGGUUUCUGCUGACAGCUUUGUGCAGCAGCAGGAGGCACACGCCAAGCUGGAUAACCUGACCUUGAUGGAGAUCAACACCAGCGGGGCCUUCCUCACACAAGCGCUCAAUCACAUGUACAAGCUCCGCACAAACCUGCAGCCUUCCGAGACCGCCCAGUCUCAGGACUUCUAGAAGCCUGGCACCUGCUGGCAGACCUGCUAUGUGAUGGACUCGUGCUUCUGGAGUUCUGCAGACUUCUUUUUGUGGUGCUAGGGAGCCAGUGAAAUCUCCCUGAAUGUGUGAAGAACAUGGAAUGGUACAAGGAAUUGAUUUUUAAUAUUGGUUUGUGGUUAGUCCUCAAACUCAGCUCCUGAGUGCUCAGUUCCCCAGGUAAUUUUAGGAGCCAGUUUUUCUUUGGGGGCUCAGGGUGAAGUUCUCCUGGGUGUCACGCAUACAGAGUUCAGAAGCAGAUGCGGCCAGAGUGGUGAGCGCUUGGGCCCCGGGUCCGACCUUCCUGGUCCUCCUCGCAGGGGCUGAGUUUAGAUGUGCAGGUUGCUCACGCAGGACGGCUGCCGGAGCAGCUGGUGACGUCAGCCGGGUUAGUGCUUAUCUAAUAAAAAUGCCAUCAGCCCAAAUCUGGUUUAUCUGUUGAGUUUGUGUGCUGUAUAACUCCCAAGUCAAAGGCCUUGCAGUCAGGGUGACCCAAAAACUAAAGUGGUGGGGGUGGGGGUGGGUCCCCUGUGCUACAACAUGUCAAGUUUGCUUAUCAAGAGAGAAUCCUGGAGUGCCGAGCGAGACUGAAGACAGCACUGGGAAGGGUGGGGUUGGGGACACUGCUCUUGAUAUAUUCAGGGAAAGUGAUUUUUUUUCUAAGGAAAUUGCUUUUGUUGUUCACUGUAGCCUUUAAUUGUUUGGUCCCUCAGCCUCAGAUGGGACGGUGGCUGUCCAGUGCCAUCCAGCAGACUGACUUCGGUUCUGUAAGCAGCCUGCUUCUGACUUGGUCCUGUGCGUCCAGGGCGGCCGGGAGUCCUGGGAGCGCGUGCACCCCGCACGCUGCCUCGGCCCUUGGCCCACAGGGCUCCAGUGCUACCCUGGCCCCGGCGCCUCUGCUGUCGGUGCUAGCUAUUUCUACACCCAGGGCCAGGCUGCAUGGCAGUGUCUCCGGAAGUUAGGGUGCCGUGCUGAACUGGUUUCAGGCGCUGGGGCUCACCUUGCCAUCUCGGUCUUACUCUGAAUCCUCUUCCUCUUAGGGUGAAUUGCUCUACCACGGAGGCCGGGGGCCUGCCUGCGUGUCUCAGGUCCCACCUUUAGUACCUGGGCCAGCUGAGUGCCAGCUCCGUCUUCAUGUUUGAGCAUUUGGGGGCAAUUGGGGUGUGCUCGUUGUAAUAUAAAACAAGAUUUUCCUCUUAACAUGA